GCUGCUUCUUCGAUACGCGUCAUCAUUUUUUCCAACCUGUAUACACGUGCACGGACUGGAGCGCAGUGUGCGUCCCUGCCUGUCUACGGAGAAAACAGCUAAACUAGUUUUCUAUCACCUUCAAAAUGGCAAAAAGUCUCCGGAGUAAAUGGAAGCGGAAGAUGCGUGCAGAGAAGAGAAAGAAAAAUGCUCCCAAGGAGCUGGCCCGUCUGAAACAAGCCCUGAGUCUGGAUAAAAAAGGAGAAGCUGUCAUGGCUGAUGUGCAGGAGAUUGCCACUGUGGUGACAGCUGACAAGAUCAAGAAGCAGACAGAUGUGGAAAUGGUGGAGGGAGACGGUGACGAUGGGAAGAUGGACAUGGACAGCAAGCGCAGCAAGAAAACUCAGUUGGAUGAGAAUGGUCAGUACCCUGCAUGGAUGAAUCAGCGGCAGGCCAAGAAACUGAAAGGCAAACGGAUGGCAAAGAAAAGUGGCCAGGGAAAGAAGAAGAAGGGUAUCUCCUGGUGAACCAGAGGAAACACUUUUGCUUUGCCUUGAAGACUUUUGACUGCUUUUUCAGAAACACAGGAUCAUUUCAUGUAUUCCUGUUUAUACAUGAUGCCAUGAUGGAAUAUCUGCUAUUGAAUGUCAUUCUGUUCAGUGGAUUACAAGAUUCAUGGUUGUGGCCCCUGGAGCUUGUUGAUGUAAAGUAAUUCACUGGAAGAAAAUGUUGUUCAGCAGCUUCAUUUUCAUGUGGGGACAAAGUUUAGAGAUGUUUUAAGAAAGUAAGACUGUAUUUCCAUACACAGGAAAAAUAAUAAUUUACAGAUAUGGCUUGUUUUUUCCUAUAUUUUUUUGUCUUAUGCCACUUAAGACUGGGUCAAAAUCAAUAUUAUUGGGGCAUCCUUGUGGCUUAGGGGUUGAAAUUCUGACCAUGGCCUGCAAUGUCUCAAGUUUGAUACAGACUUGGGACAUUUGUUGCAUGUCAUUCCCCAUUUUUCUCCCCUCGUGUCGUGUUCUCUCUCUACGAUAUCGCUGCAUAUACCAUGAUAUAGAAGAUGCAUGCAAAAUCAAAAAUGAAUCAACUGUAAAUAAAACUCUUCACUAAAACAAUAACUUUAACCAC